CACCAAGCAAAUUAUCAUGUCCCAGCAGCGUCGCACGUCCAGGAUCAUUGAAGACAAACAUUUAUACACAUAGGUUUUGACUCUGACUGCCCAUUUUAGUUGGUAUGCGACCCGACGGCUGAUCAAAGGAACUUUAUCAUCAUCUCAUUCAUUCGACACUCGAGACUAGGUCGGCGUCUUCAACCUGUGCCACCACUCACCGUAACCUUCUUAUACCCGAUCAUGUAAGCACCGCGCUUGCUGGCUGACCCGGAUUGUAAUGUCACAAAAGAUUGGAAGACAGCGAGUAUCGUUGGCAUGUACGACGUGCCGGAGUCGGAGGACUCGAUGUGACGGCAAUCUACCAGAGUGUGGAACCUGUUUACGCGCUGGGAAGCAAUGCGAGUAUCCACAUGAAACCGAGAAGCGCAAGCCCCCGACAAAGCGCUAUGUCGAGGCUCUGCAUGCGCGCAUCGAAUCUCUCGAGCGACAAUUGCAGGCUUAUCAGCGUCAACGUCUCGACUCAGCUGCCUCAGGAGCGGUUGAUCCCUCCAUAAAACAAGACACAGACUCGUCCGACUUGAACCUCAACGUUGAUGGGGAUGAUUUGGCGCCCCAAGACCGGGGUCCAGUAGACGACCUGGCAGAGAUUGCUGGGCAACUGGACAUUGCUGAGGAUGGUCACUUGCGGUAUUUUGGCGCUCCAAGUUAUUUCAAUCUACUUCGAAGGAACGCUUAUGGUUCCACGUCCAAUGCUGAGCAAGACCCCUAUGGCGCAGGACUCGCUGUUUCGUAUGGUCUCUUUGACAUCGACCUUACUCUCGAGACACAAACACAUCUGCUCGACCUAUACUGGAAGUGGCAAAAUCCAUGGCAGUAUCUAGUCCACCGAACAGCCUGCCAGAGGGCCGUGGAUCGAGGAACCUAUGACGACUACUGCACCCCCCUCCUUAUCCGUUGCAUCCUCGCCCUCGCAGCGCGAUACUGCGACCAUUCAGAUGCUCGUCUCGACCCGCACGAUGCCAACACUGCCGGUGACUUGCUGGCUGCUCAAGCCAAAGAUAUACUAAGCGUCGAGAUCGAGCAUCCAUCUACCUCGACAGCCGCUGCUCUGGCUCUGCUGGCACUCCGGGAAAUGUCGGUUAAUAAGGAGAGCCUAGGAUGGAUUUAUAUUGGCAUGGCUGUCCGCAUCGCCUAUAACUUAGGACUGAACCUCGAUUGCCAGACUUGGGUCAACCAGCAAAAGAUCUCUGAAGAAGAGGCAGAGAUCCGUAGGAUCACUUGGUGGGGAUGCUACCUCUUGGACAAGCUCUUCACCCUUGGGCUUGGGCGUCCAAGUAUGAUUCGCGAGAGAGACAUCACUGCCGCGAAGCCGUCGUUGCUCAAGGAGGAAGAGUUUGUCCCUUGGCUAUCCGAUGAUCUCGGCCUUUCUGCGGACAUGUCGGCCUCUCGUUGUGUCUCGAACUUACGGUAUAUGACAUCAAUAUUUCAGACGGCAUGCCCCACCCUGGAUGAAAUAUACAGCCCAAAAAGCGACCUGUCCCUUCAGGCCAAGGAAGAGAUGACUGCUAAAGCCUAUCUUGAGCUCACUGAGAUUUACUCAAAGUUACCUGGCUUCUUGAAGUUUCCGCAUUCUGCGAAAACCCCUCGCCCUGCUCACAUAUAUUCGUUGCACUUACAGUACCAUACUGUUCUCAUAUUACUUCACCGGCCGUUCUUGCGUCAGCGAGAGCGUAGAGCGUCAAAUCAAACCUCGUCUUCCUUUUCCCACAAUCAAAUAUGCACUUCUUCAGCUGAAGCAAUAUCUAAUAUUCUCAGAGCUUACCGGGCCAACUUCACCCUAGUAAGGUCACAAUUGCUCUGUCAUUUGCUCCGUUAACAUUUCAUUCCUAGCGGAGAAUCCCAAUUUCCACCAUACAUGCUCUUGGAACAGCUUCGGUGAUACUCUUGCUGGACGCCACUUCCAGCGAUACCAAGACCAGCCGUGCAGCUAUCCGUUUGCUUAAAUUCAACCUAACCUGUCUGCAGGAGAUGAGCAUUGCUUGGACCUGGAGCCUUCGUGCCAUUCGAUCUUUACAGAUCCUUGCCGAAGAAUGGUCUGUCAACGAGAGACUGCAUGCUCAAAAUGACCAUAAGGCGCUAGGUGGCGAACAGUCAUCCGAACCAACAGGGCUAACAGCGUCAAACAUGUCCUUCAAUCCCGACCAGAAUGUGCUCGGCAGUGAAGACGUGUUUGCCAAUAUGAGUCCGCCGGCGAUGUACGAGACAUCACCCGAGAAUAUCGACUGGUUGAUGGCCUUUGACAGUGGAUUUUCAGAUGUGCCAAUGGACUUGAGUUUUGUCGACCAGGAUUUAUGGGAGAUGGGUGCCAGAUGAGCUUACUCCCGCCACCUGUACGCUGUUCGGUUCUCGCGGUAUCUUAACAAUACAAGUCACAAGACUAUACAUUCACCAUGAAAUCAGUCAAAUCUCUAGUAUAUAAAGCGGGCGCAUCAUCAGGAUAAACGCGACACUCGACUUGACCGUCAUAAUAACCUCUAUUAGUGGAUCCAGGGAGAGUCGAACUUUGAAUAUGAUAACGGCUUAAAAGACAAUUACAAUGAUCACAAU